AUGGAUGUCCCAAGACCAAUUGCCCACGAAGGUUGGUACACCGAGUUUGAAGGGCACACCAUCCGCGUAAUUGUCGAAAGAUCGGUGCUGGACGACCGCGGGUUCCAAGCCACUCAGGUCGCCAACAACAACAUCUACGACAGACUCACUCCCAUCUCAUGCUUUGAAAUCCCCACCAACCUCGCCGCGGGCGACAGUCCACAAGAGUUCGCCCGCCGCUUCCUCCAGCUCGAGUGGCGGAGGCAGCGGCAGAACCAUUCCUUGACCCCGGAUUUGAUCUUCGCUGGGGCGGCGACGUGCAUGGCGCACCCCCCGCGGAUGCUGCUCUUCCACGAGGCGUGUCCCGGUCAUCCGGGGAAGCCGGUGAUUUGGAGCGCACCAAGUGGACAGAUCGAGUUCCCUCUUGAGGCUGGGAUGAGGGUAUGGGAAGACCGGAAAUGGAGAUUCCAGAUUUUGCUUCGUAAAACCUAUGGAUUGAGAUUUAGUAUCAAGGCUUGGCUGAUGAUCCGUGACACUAUGUAUGCUCCCGGAUACAUUAUGCUAACGGGACUCCAGAGUCAACCCUAA